AUUUGCUGUGGCUGCCGUUUCCCGCUGCUGCUCGCCCUGUUGCAGCUGGCCUUAGGCAUCGCUGUGACAGCGGUGGGCUUUGUUAUGGCAGGCGUCAGCUCUUCCUUGCUAGUCAGAGAUACUCCAUUUUGGGCUGGGAUCAUUGUAAGCAUAAAGUCUGUUUUCCCUAAGUGCGUUUGCCAAACGUGAAUGCAAACCUGCAUGGUCCAUUUCAGACUAACUAACCCAAACUUGCAUGUCCGCCGCUGCCCCAGAUCUGAGCUACUCUAACUCGCAUCCUGCCUUGUGAUUAGAACUUGAUUGACUUUUCGUGGGGAAGCUGCCUGGGGUCCCCUCUCGGACUGGUUUCCCUGAGUGUCAACAAGAUGCCUGAAUAGAAUGUCGGGAAGCUGUGCGCGUAGCUGACAUCCAGUGGGGCUUAUCGAUUGAAUCUUCUCAACAGCUACAGCAAGUUGGGGUUUCUGGUUGUUCUCCUUUCUCCCCUCCCUACUGGGUGAAGGAGUCAGACCACAGCGGCAAAAACAAUAAUUCUAAUCAGUACCUUUUGUAGAGGCAGGUCCAGAGAAGGACUAUUCUCUGAUCUUCCACAGUGGGUAGCAAUCCAAUUUUUAAAAAGCCCCAAACUUGAGAUGAAGUUACAUCAAGUUAGAUUAUUUAAAAUAUUGUCAGCCCAAGCCAGAGUAUGCUGUAGCUCAGAGGAACACAGUCACACUUCAUUGAGGGACCAAAGCCACUUGGAUGAAUCAUGGGUGGAAUUACUGACAGAAGUAUAUCUGGAACUUUGUUUGUGUGGUGUCCUAUUUUGGUUUGUUUAUGCUCUGUGUCUCAUAUCAAGUUGAUGAACGGACAUGCAUCCAGUUUGCUAUGAAACUGUUCUACUUUCUGCUGAGUGCCCUAAGCCUGAUCGUCUGCGUGCUGGCAGUGGCUUUUGCUGCCCAUCAGUACUCCCAGCUCACACAGUUGAUCUGCAAAAACACCCUUGAUUCCUGCCAUUGCAAGAUGCCAACGUCGGAUCCACUCAGCAGGGUCUUUGUUUAUCAUGAUGUCAGUGACUGUACCAGCAUCACCAGCACUUUUAAACUCUUCCUACUCAUCCAGAUUGUUCUCAACUUGCUCUGUGCCAUGGUGUGCUUGCUGGCAUGUUUCAUGAUGUGGAAACAUAGAUACCAAGUUUUUUAUGUGGGUGCCCGUUUGUGUUCCCUCACUACUUCUGAAAGCCAACAGCAGAAAGUCUAAUUUUUUUUUUCAUUAAAGGUGGGGGAAAGGAAACAACAGUUUACUAAUAUUCUGGGCAACCUGAAGACCUGAGUUAAAAACAGUAACAACAACUUUUGGGGGGAACUGACUAAUAUACACAGGAUCUCAAUGAAUAUAUUUUUAUAUAUUUCAGUAAUACUAUUUCUACUGCAAAAAAAUUUUGUGGGGAAAAAUAAACUAGAAAACUACAGGAUUGUAAAAGUAUAGUUAAACAGAUUAUCCCAAUAAAGUUACAAUGGGGAAGGAUAAUAACAAUCAUGGAAAUCUGACUGUAAUCCCUAAUUGUCAUUUUACUCAUUAUCUUUAGGCUUCUUGGGCAGCUACAUGCCAUAGUGAUUAGAGUGCUGGGCAUGAAGUCAGAAAGAUUCAUUUUCCUGAGCUCAAAUAUGGCCUCAGACACAUUAGCUGUGUGACCCUAGGCAAGUCACUUAACCCUGUUUGCCUCAGUUCCUCAUCUGUAAUAUGAGCUGAAGGAAGGGCAAACCACUCCAGUAUCUUUGCCAAGAAAAUCCCAAAUGGGGUCACAAAGAGUCAGAUACGACUGAAACAACUGAACAACAAAAAAAUGGAUAUUCUAAUCCCCAAAACAAAGCAUUGCUGAGACCCACUCUCUAAAUCCCAGAAAUACACUUAACAUGCCCCCCUUGGGAGCCCUUUCUUUUCCUGGCUUCCCAAAGGGCCAAGAGCUGCUUGAGCACUAGUUACACUGUUCCCUACAGGUACAUUAAUUUGAUUUUUAUCUCCUGUAGUACGGCAGGGAAACAGAUUCAAAGGUGAACCUCAGAAGAGAGGCCAGGCAAUAAGGGACCUAUAUAAACCUGGACAAAACACUGACAGGAUCCUAAGAAACUAGAGGACAAAAGCCUUAUCAGUAUAGUACUGGUGACCACAAAUGUUUGGUGAAUUUUAUUUGAACUGAAUUGAAUUGAACUAAUUGAAUUGAAUAUCAAGCAGGCAUGUGCUUAUUUAAAAGCAUCUACUGGUGACUAGCUCCUGAAAAUUUGAAAGGGGUAAAUAGGACUAACAGUCUAGAAAUUAUUUUUAAUAAAUAUACUUGUCUUUCAUUGCAUCAAACAAAUAGUUACAGCUAUUUUUUAGUAAAUUGUUACUAAUACUAAUUGUUAUUAAUAAUUAUGUUGAAAAGUUUACUUAAUCCUGGGCACAAUUAACGUGGCAUAAUAAGUAUUCCCUUGAAUUAUACUCAUAAACAAAGAGGCCAAAAAGAACUAUUCUUCCUGAGAGCCAAGAUUUCCAAAGGAAGGAGAUUUAUAAAUAACUGGGGUUAAAAAUUAUAUUUAAACACAAAUAGAAAGGAAUUACAAUAAGAAAUAUUAGUACUGCCAGUUCAUUUGAAAACUAUCUGUCUUGGUAACUAUUUUCCUGAAGAAUGCCAGUAUGCUCACAAAAUACUUAAUAUGUAAUCCUAUUAUCUCUGUACUGCAUCCCAAAAGUCUUAGUGCAGUUUUAAACUUAACUUUAUCAGCUUUAGUAGUUCAAAAUGGCACUAACAUUUUGGGAGACUCUCUAUAUUCAGUCACUUUUAAGAAUCUGGACAAUAUUUUAAAGUCCUUACUCAAACCCAGGUAUAUUAAUGAGAGUUGCAUAUAGGUUUCUGUGACCUUGUACACUCUCAGUACCGCACAGUAGGAUUCAUUCAUCCAACAAGAAUUUAUCGAGCACCUACUGGGUGCAAAGUGUUCCAUGCAUAAAACGUCUUUUUAAAAAUGAAUUCCUUACACUACUACAGUGUCAUCCUUUUCAGGAAGGCACUAAAAAUGGGGAGUGAGAAGGCAUAACUAUGAAGGAACAUUCUUCAUGUAAUACUUAUGUUUGUUAGCAUGAGAGCACACAUUCAAGUUGUCCCCUUAGCAAUCCCCACAUACUUUUCCUGGUAAUAUUCUCAGCCAGCUACAAAAUGGCAAAAAUCCCACAAAAUCUUUUGUGUCUUGGAAGACCAAUCAAUAAUUCCAAUAUGAUUGUGAAAAUGAAGUCUCCUUCUAUGCAAUGCCAAGUAUUUGGAUGAAAUGUGAACAUUUCAUUCAAUCUGCCAGAUGUGUGCAAAUAUCUAGAUUAUUUUAGCUGGUAACACUACUGCUUUUUUUUAACUUUCAUCCAGAUAUUUUUUUUUUUUUUUUGCGGGGCAAUGGGGGUUAAGUGACUUGCCCAGGGUCACACAGCUGGUAAGUGUCAAAUGUCUGAGGCUGGAUUUGAACUCAGGUCCUCCUGAAUCCAGGGCCGGUGCUUCAUCCACUGUACCACCUAGCCGCCCCCCAUCCAGAUAUUUUGACAUUGUGCAGAUAAAGCUGAGAUACAAAAGUAAUAGGGAAAGGUUGUGGUGGGAGGAGAGACAAAGACACACACAUACAGAAAGAGAGAGAGAGAGAGAGAGAGAGAUAAGAAACAGUAAGAAAAGUCUUCUAGAUCUGGAAAUUUACAAACAUCCUCACAAUUAUCUAAAUAACAACUCACAUAUAUGUAGUACUUUAUGCUUUGAAAAAUGUUUUCUUUGCAACAAUCUUGAGAGGAAAAGGGAAAGUAUUAUUGUCCACAUUUGGCACAAGAGGAAACUGAGGCAUAGCAUUAUUAGAUCAUCACACAGUUUGAAGAGACCUCAAAGACCAUAUAUUUCAAACUAAUUCUGAAAAAAGAAUCCCUCUACAACAUAUCAAAUCCAAACAGGUCUUUGUUGAAAACCUUGAGUGGGAGGGGGUAGGGAAUAGUUAAGACUCCCCAAAGCAGUCCCUUCCACUAUGGAACAUCUAAAUGUCUUCCUGCUAAAUGUUAUUGAAUAACUGAGGAAACAAUCCAAGAUUUGCAAUUUAUUAGCAUAGGCAUAAGUGGGUGAAUGGAUUCCUCAGUCAGUCCAAAGACCCUGAAUACAAAGUGAGACAGAUUUUUAUGUAUUAAAAACAGCUCAUUAAUAAAACCAAUUAUUUUUUUUUGUUGAGGCAAUUGGGGUCAAGUGACUUGCCCAGGGUCACACAG